CCGUGACGCUGUUGUUGUUUUUGUUCAUUCUCACGUCUCCAUUUUACCCCGGGAUCAGUCGACGACCACCACCCCCGUUCACAGGUCCCACAUGGUCUGCUCUGCCCCUCCCCCGCGUCCGAACUGUACUCAACCCGGUGCCGCUGCCAAAGUAUGUGAAAGUGAAUGUGAGCCGCGAGCACCGAGCCGCGAGCCCUGAGCCAGCGUCUUAUUUCGGACCGGACACCGUCAUCAUGGCCGGACCAGCGGGCAGCUCCACUGAAGCCAGCCGUUAUCCGCCCUCGCACCCGUGAAAAACAACCUCCCUCCCGCACCGCCCCUCUCUGUUGUUCGCACGGUUCCAGCCUGACCACCAGCCUCAGAUGUCACUCCCCGUGGUGCUGCCGGGGUCUUGCUGUCCGGUUACCGGGACGUCGCAGCUUUCAGAGCCUUUCUGCCGGAACCGACCGCGCGGUUUGUCUGCCUCUUCCCGGUUCACUGGCAGCGGGUCCCGGCUGCUGCUGCCCGGCCGGCCGCUGCUCUCGCUGGGCUUGUUGCAGCUGCUGCUCGGCGGCUCCAUGGUGGCGCUGUCGUUCGGAGCUCUGUCCCUCAGCAAUUCUCCCCCCAUCCGAAACUCGUGUCCCUUCUGGGCAGGCUCCUCGGUUAUUCUCUCAGGUAUUGUAGGACUCACAACAUGGAGGAAGCCCAUGCUCCUGCUGGUGAAUGUGUUUGUCCUGCUGUCUGUGGUGUGUGUGCUCCUUAAUCUGGCCGGAUUCAUCCUGUGCUGCCAGGGAGCCCAGCUGGUUUCCAGUAUGACCAGCUGCCAACUGAGUGAGGACGGAGACGUGUGUUACUGCUGCUCCCUCUCGCCCACCUCCAAAUGUCCUGAGGAGAAGCUGCUGGAGCUCCACCCUGCUCACUCCUGCAGCACCAUGAGGAUCCUGCUCAAGAAAGUGUUGUUUGCUCUCUGUGCUCUGAACGCUCUGACCACAGCUGUGUGUCUGAUGGCUGCUGCUCUCAGAUACCUGCAGAUCUUCACUGCAAGAACACCCUGCAUGGACGAGCACAGGGCCACGGUGGAAGAGAGGGAGGAGCCUGCUCAGGUCCCGGACCCAGAUGAGUUUGUGGCCCCCGCCCCUCCUCCCUCCUACUUUUCCACGUUCUACUCGUACACGCCGCGCGUGGCUCGCAGGAUGCUGGGGAACAGCGUGAUCCCCCUCCCUCACAUCUAUGGGGCUCGAAUCAAAGGAGUGGAGGUGUUCUGUCCACUGGACCCCCCGCCUCCUUAUGAGGCUGUCGCAGGAAGCUCCAGCAGUGCCGUCACUCAGGUAUUCUCCAAACUAACGUUUACAACUGAGAAUGUUCUGAAUGUUAAAAAAUAUAGAAUAUAUAGAACAACAAUAUUCUCUGCAGUGUACAGUUUAUGUUAAGGAUGAUUUAAAGGUACAGAAGGGCAGAUUUCAGAAUAAUAUAAAUCAAGUGCAAUGGUGCUUCUUCAUUAUACACUUGUAGAACUGCUUUACUCCACUUGGUUUGGUAUCAGGCCGUGGUUUUCCAUUACUUUCCAUUACCAGUGGAGGUGAUGGUGGAGCUGGAUCCUCUCGUCAACAUCUGCACCUCGCAGACGCUCCACGGUGUGUUUUUGUGUGUGUGUUCCGUUACAGUAUGCUCGCUGUAAAAACGACUUUCUGACCAAUCAGUGCUGACGUCACCUUUUAGUAUCGGCUCAGCUUAGGAAUCAGGUUCUCUCCCUAAUGGAAAAGCAAAUAAAGCAAAUCCAGUCGAGUCGAGCAGAGUAGUGCGAGAACUGCACAACGGAAAAGCCCCAGAAA